CCAGGUUGCCGGCCCUUUCUCGAGUCUUCCUCUUCCACUCCCGACCGUCGGUCUUCUGUGCGAACGUCUAGUUACUUAGUUACUACUACUAACUACUAACUAAGUAGGCACUGCCUAGCUUUUAGUCCUCCAUCCUCCGUGCACUCGUCACGGAUGCGCAUCCGCAUCCACUGGACCCUCCGUCACUUCCUGAGUCAUAUCUACCUGCAUCACCCCCCCAUUACCCGUCUGGUCUGAAUGAUUCAUUCCCACGUCCUUUCAUGCCAAAGCCCGACUCCUUCAAACACACUCCCUCUGCCGAUCAUUCGCCUUCACCUCCCCUAGACCCUCGUGUCUCCUCCCGGACUAGACUUCCUCCCAUCCGGUUUCUUUUACCCAGCCCUCUCCUCGCCUGUGGUCUCGCUGGAGAGGACGGACAGAUUGCCGACUCAAGCUGGUCGAAUUGCUGAAGUUUCUGCCUCUCUGCACGAUGACAAACAGCCCGUCCCAUCAUGAUCAGCCGGACUUGCUCGUGUCGGCAGAUGCCGAAAAGGGACAGUCGAAACAGCCUAGAACCGAUGUGGCCACGGAUCAGGUCCUUCCUCUACAAACCAACAACCGGGAUGAGGAAGUAGGCCUCGAUCACGGGCGAGACAAGGAGCUGUCGCAGGCCCCCACCAAUGUCAGCCAUGCCAGUGCAUUGGCUACCAGAACCUUGACCCUCGUGCGCACCCGAGAAUCUGGCAAAGACCUGGGCCCUCCUCCUGAUGGUGGAUUCAAGGCGUGGUCCCAAGUGGCUCUGGCACACCUCGUCAUUUUCAACACCUGGGGCUAUAUCAACAGCUUCGGUGUCUUCCAGACAUACUAUACCAACACACUCGGGCGUACGCCAUCCGAUAUCUCGUGGGUAGGCAGCAUCCAGAUCUUCUUGCUUUUCUUUGUCGGCACUUUCUCUGGCCGCGCUACGGAUGCCGGGUACUUCAAGGCCAUUUUGACCGUGGGGACUGUGCUAGAGCUGUUCUGCAUCUUCAUGGCCUCUCUGUGCACGGAAUAUUGGCAGCUCUUUCUGGCCCAGGGUGUCGGGCAGGGCCUCGGGUGCGGACUCAUGUUUUGCCCAACCAUUGCGCUCAUCCCCACCUACUUCACCAAGCAUCGGGCGAUUGCAAUCGGGCUUACAGCGUCGGGAUCCGCCACCGGCGGCCUGGUUUUCCCUGCGGUCGUGAUGCGGCUCCUACCCCGGGUCGGGUAUGGGUGGACAAUGCGCACCUUGGGGUUCAUCUCACUGGUCACGCUGAUCCCUUGUUUGGUUUUCCUCCAGCAGAGGCUGCCUCCACAUCGUAGCGGGCCCCUGGUCGAGUGGGGUGCGUUCAGGGAAGCCCCAUAUGCCCUGUUUGCGCUGGGGAUGUUCCUCAACUUCUGGGGGAUCUACGUGGGGUUUUUUUAUAUCGGCAGCUUCGCGCGCGGCAUCAUUGGGGUGUCAGAGUCAACCUCGAUUGAUGUCCUCCUGGUCAUGAAUGGGAUCGGGUUGCUGGGCCGGUUGAUCCCAAACCUGAUGGCGGACCGGUAUACGGGACCCUUGAACAUGCUGAUCCCCUUCAGCCUGGUGACCGGGAUAGUGGCAUUCUGCUGGGCCGCCGUCCACACCUAUGAUGAGCUGUAUGCCUUCAGUGCAUUCUACGGUCUGGCCGCGGCGGGGAUCCAGUCCCUCUUCCCGGCCACCCUGAGCACGCUAACCACCGAUCUGAAGAAGACCGGCGUGCGAAUGGGCAUGGUGCUCAGCGUUGUUGCCGUGGCCGCCCUAAUCGGCACUCCAAUUGCCGGAGCGCUGGUGCAGCGGGAUGACCGGCAAUAUCUGUAUGCGCAGAUGUUUAUGGGCAGUGCCAUUCUUGCUGGUACAUUGACAUUGCUCGUAGCACGGGUGAUGAAGGUCGGGUUCAUCUGGCAUCGGGUUUGAGAGGUUAGAGAUCGAUUUGUUUGAGAAGAAGCCGUGUUUUGGGUGUGGGUAUGUAGCGCAUAUAUAUAUGAUAUACUAUAUACAUACACACAUCUGUAUCCGAAGUGGAGAAGGAGAGAGAGAGAGAGAGAGAGAGAGAGAGUU